GCAAGGUCCAGGUACCGUACUAUCCGUCCAUUACGGAAUAGUUUGGCGGUAAUGACGUCCGCGAAUUAGCUUAGCCAAUUUUACAUACGUAUAUGAAUAUCUAGGUAAUUAUGUAUUUUUUUUUUCCUCGCUGGGAUAGAAAUCUGGGGUUGAAUUGUUAAAUUUUUUGGAGGUAAUAUGGCGUCGGAAGUUCUCGUUUCUUUCCUGGGAGCCGUACAGGCGUCUUUAUCGGUGCUAUUGACUAUUGGUUGUGGCGUUGUCGCUGCUCAAUUUGGUCUAGUUACGACACAUGCCGCUGAAGAAGUAUCACGCCUUUGUGUCAAAGUGCUUCUACCCUGCCUGAUGAUCACGAAGCUGGGUUCAGAGUUGUAUCUUGAUACGACGGCAAAUUACGUUCCUAUAGUCAUCUGGGCUACUAUUUUCACCGUUACAUCUAUUGCCAUUGGGAAAGCGGCAGUGGCUUUUUUCCGUCUCCCGAACUGGGUAGUACCUGCUAUAGCUUUCAAUAAUACCGAGUCGCUUCCCCUGUUGCUGUUACAAUCCUUACAAACGACCGGAGUACUGGAAUCUUUAACUAGUGCGGAAAAGGCAUCUGACGGGGUUGAGCGAGCACGUACCUAUUUUCUCGCCUGUUCGGUAAUCAACAAUACUAUAACAUUCGGCCAAGGCGCAAAAUGGAUUACUAUGGGGGAAUCAUCUGGACAGGACGACUCAAUGGAUCCUGAAAGUCAGCAGGACGGACGGGGAGACGAAAACCCUAGUGAGCGAGAAAGGAACGGAAAUGCUCAUUCACCUCAAGACUGCGAAGAAUCGACUGAUGCGAAUGAACGAACAUCCCUCCUCCCUGGCAAAGUUCAGUACUGGGAGCGAAGGGUAGGGAACGAUCUUUCCUCGCGAUUUCGGAGAUACUUCUACGCCACUCCGAAGCCUAUGAGGGCGAUCCUUGCGGGCAUUGGGAUGUUUCUCAAUCCACCAUUUAUUGGUGCAGCCAUCGGCUUGAUAAUAGGUCUUUCGCCGCCUCUGCAUCGGAUUUUCUUCAAUGACAUGGAUAAGGGUGGUUAUUUUAAUGCGUGGCUCACCUCCAGCUUGAAAAACAUUGGAGAACUUUUUGUCUCACUUCAAGUUGUCAUAGUCGGCGUCAAACUGAGUCUGAGCCUCAGACUUAUGAAGGAAGGUGAGGAGGAGGCUGGUACACUACCCUUGGGCAUAGUUCUCCGUGUGACUUUUGUUAGAUUCAUUCUUUGGCCGGCCAUAAGUAUUCCCAUAAUAUGGGCAUUAGCAGCUUAUACUAAUAUCCUUCCUGAUGAUCCUAUGUUGUGGUGGGCUUUGAUGAUGAUGCCUGUUGGCCCUACCGCCAUGAAAGUUCUCGCAUUGGCAGAUGUGAGUGGAACAAACCAGACGACACGGAUGUCGAUCGCAAGAUUUCUUACGAUUUCGUAUAUCAUAACUCCUAUAGUAUCCUUUGCUGUUGUGGGAGCUCUGGAAGCUGCAAAGGCUGCAAAACAAUAGGUAUAGCUUCAUGUAUAAAAGAAGGCAUGUAUAUAUGUAUGUAGUUGUGUCUAAACAAAGCGCUAUGCAUAUCCGUCAAAGUAGGUAUUUUUAAAGUUGAGAUGAUUGAUCGGUUCUAAGGUUGUGAAUGGUGAAAAGGAGAAGGAGGGACAUCAUUAGUCAGCUAAUUGGAGAUAUGUACUGUGUUAAAUACGGUAUUAAAUUAAUGACGUACUGUGCUUAACCCA